AAAGACGCCUCAAGGGCAUUCUUGUGUUGAAGAGGAAAAGAGGCCAAAACUUAAAAAGAAGUGGGGAGCGGCAGAGGAGAGGAAAGGAGGUUUCUGCUCUGGAAUUUUUUUCCUUGGUUUCUGCUUUGGAUCGCCAAUAAUAAUUCCUAAACCUUUGUAUAAAAGGCGAAACCCUAAUACUAGUAUAUCUUCUUGACCUCUGCCGAAGAAAUACAAGUAGUGUGCGAGGAAGAAGAGAGAAGCAUGAAAUUUCGAUACGCCAUGGUGUGUUCAUCGAAUCAGAACCGUAGCAUGGAGGCUCACUCUCUCCUCAAGAGGGAGGGCUUCGAUGUAUGCUCGUACGGUACAGGGGCACACGUUAAGCUUCCUGGACCUUCCCUCAGAGAACCCAAUGUCUACGACUUCGGCACUCCCUACAAGCACAUGUUCGAUGAGCUCAGACGCAAAGACCCUGAACUGUACAAGCGUAAUGGUAUAUUGCCAAUGCUCAAGAGGAAUUCAGCUGUCAAAACUGCGCCUCAACGUUGGCAAGAGAAUGCCGCAGAUGGUUCCUUUGAUGUGGUAUUCUCAUUUGAAGAAAAGGUUUUCGACAUGGUUCUCGAAGAUCUCCACAAUCGGAAUCAUGUUUUUAUGAAGCCUGUACUGGUGAUCAACUUGGAGGUAAAAGAUAACCACGAGGAGGCGGCCAUUGGAGCUCGGCUUGCUCUAGUAUUGUGCCAAGAGCUUGAAACAACUGAAUUUUGGGAGGAUUCAAUUGAUGAGAUUGUGGGCAACUUUGAGAGACAGCAUCGGCGGAAACUUUUAUACAGCAUCUCCUUCUACUGAAGAUGCCAUAAAUAGUGAAAGAACAGCUUCUUAGCUCAUAUUUUUGAAAAUCCUACUCUAGUCUUGUUGAUAUGCUUGAGAUAAAAUUACCUUAUUUUUCGUUUUUUCAGUGUAAGAUUAGUGUCAUGCCUCUGAAAAUGGUUAGGGAGAUAUCAUUGAAAAGUCUUCUAACUCUGCCCUGUUAUAUGUGACUAUUAUAAGGAGGCAUGAUUUAAAAUUUAACAAAAAAAGAAAAGAAAAAAGUCUGCUCUUUAUUUAUGUGUUUUUUUCUUUUUCUAAUUCAUGGAAAAACAAAGUUUUAAUUAUGCAGUUAAUAUUCCUUUACA